AUUCAUUCAAGAACAAGGCGCCUCAGACGAAGGAAUCUUACCUGCAUACAACGCUGAGUUUCAUGAAGUAUAUCUGUAACUAAAGAGCUGCUCUGUAAGACACGAUGUUUCAGAUUAAAAAGAUUUGCUGUAUAGGCGCUGGGUAUGUUGGUGGUCCAACUUGUAGUGUCAUUGCCAGCAUGUGUCCUGAGAUCACGGUAACAGUGGUGGAUGUUAAUGAAUCCCGGAUCAAAGCCUGGAACUCUGAUACACUACCCAUUUAUGAGCCGGGCCUGAAUGAAGUGGUGUUGUCUUGUCGCGGGAAGAACCUCUUCUUCUCCACAGAUAUAGACUCUGCCAUUAAAGAAGCUGAUUUGGUCUUCAUUUCAGUAAACACCCCAACUAAGACGUACGGUAUGGGCAAAGGGCGCGCUGCUGAUCUGAAGUUUAUUGAGGCAUGUGCCCGGCGGAUUGUAGAGGUGUCAGACGGGUAUAAAAUCGUUACAGAGAAGAGCACAGUGCCAGUUCGUGCAGCUGAGAGCAUACGCAGGAUAUUUGAUGCCAAUACCAAACCCAGCCUUAAUCUACAGGUUCUCUCUAACCCAGAGUUCCUUGCAGAGGGUACGGCAGUAAAGGACCUUAAAGAGCCAGACCGCGUCUUGAUUGGUGGAGAUGAGACUCCGGAGGGUCAAAGGGCUAUCAGUGCUCUCUGUGCAGUUUAUGAGCACUGGGUCCCUAAAACACGCAUCAUCACCACCAACACCUGGUCCUCUGAACUUUCUAAACUGGCAGCAAAUGCGUUCCUGGCUCAGCGCAUCAGCAGUAUAAACUCCAUCUCUGCGCUGUGUGAAUCCACUGGUGCUGAUGUGGAGGAGGUGGCCAGAGCCAUUGGCAUGGACCAGCGAAUUGGCAGCAAGUUCCUCAAAGCCAGCGUCGGAUUUGGAGGAAGUUGUUUUCAGAAGGAUGUGCUGAAUUUGGUUUACCUCUGUGAAGCACUGAAUCUACCAGAGGUUGCUUCAUACUGGCAGCAGGUGAUUGACAUGAAUGAAUAUCAGAGAAAGAGAUUCGCCUGUCGGAUCAUUGACUGCCUGUUUAACACGGUUACAGGGAAGAAAAUCGCCUUGUUGGGUUUCUCCUUCAAGAAAGACACGGGAGACACCAGAGAGUCGUCCAGUAUUUACAUUUCAAAGUAUUUGAUGGACGAAGGAGCCAAGCUGCAUAUUUAUGACCCUAAAGUACUGAAAGAGCAGAUAAUCCAGGACCUGUCUCAACCCGGCAUCUCCGGAGACAAUCCAGAAAGAGUGUCUGAUCUUGUAACAGUGACGGUUGACCCCUAUGAGGCCUGUGAAAGUGCACAUGCUCUGGUCAUCUGUACAGAGUGGGAUAUGUUUAAGGACCUGGAUUAUGAGAAAAUAUAUCACAAGAUGUUGAAACCAGCGUUCAUUUUUGAUGGACGACGAGUCCUGGAUCAUCUGCAUACCCAACUACAAAACGUUGGCUUUCAGAUCGAGACCAUCGGUAAGAAGGUGAUGACACGAAUCCCCUUCACAACCUCUGGAGGAGUACCACGAAUCACUGAACCACCAGUAAAGAAAUCCAAAGCCUGAGGCACAGCUCAUCGUCCACACCACACACACGCAGGCACUUUACGCUAAUCAAAGUCUUUCUCUGAGAAAACCAAAGUAAUGUGUGACCAUUGCUGGAAAUCAACAGACUCUUCUGUUAGUAAAAGUGCACAUGCUCUGUGUUUGUGUGUGUGUGUUGAACUGUGUUUUUUAAUCAGAGUUUUAUCUUUUAUGACCGUUAGCAAAAACUUUUAUCAUUGAUGAUUCCUAUAAUAUCUUGAAUGUUCUCAUGUCUGUACCAUUUCAGAUAAACUGUGCACAAAACUGGUGUUAAUGCAUUUCAACAUCCCACUACUGUUCAGUAGUGUAUUAAUGUUUACAGCUGUCAGUGUUUUGGUUUUUAAUACCAAAAUCAUAUUAGGAAUGACAACGUUUAGGACCAAGUGGGACAUUAAAAACUCUAUCAAACAUUUGGGUUCAAUUUGGCACGUGAUACCUCUAGCAAAUAUCUGUUCAUUUCACCCAGUUAUUAAUCUUCUGAUAUAUAUAUGUAUUGUAUGUUAUUAUAGUUGUAGGUUUUAUAAAAUCAUCUCUUACUGUACAGGUUUAUAUUGAUCAUGUACAAUGAUUGCAAAAAUCCGAUUUUUAAAAAAAUAAAAAUGUAUCAAU